AUGAAGACUUUGGAGGAUCAGGCCGAGGGUGCCAUCAAAGCUCAAAACGACGCCGAAGAGAAGGCGGAAUCCGCUGAGGCUAUCAAGAAGGUCCUUGAGGCCGAAAAGAGGGAGGCCGAGGAAAAGACGGCCCAGGCCCAAAAAGAACUGCAAGAAGCCUUGGCCACGAAGGACGCCGAGCUCCAAGCAGCCGAUGAGAAGGGCUACAAUGAGGGUGUGGCCGAUGUCACGGCUGACUAUGAAAAGCAGGCCAUCCAGCAUGCUCAUUCCUUCUCAGUGCAAGCCUUUGAGAGUCGGCAGGAGCUGGCCGACAAAAAGAGGGAGGUCUCCAGUCUGCAAAAGACUAACAAAAAUCUGCAGUCAAAGAUGAAGACUUUGGAGGAUCAGGUCGAGGCUGCCAUCAAAGCUCAAAACGACGCUGAAGAAAAGGCGGAAUUCGCUGAGGCUAUCAAGAAGGUCCUUGAGGCCGAAAAAAGGGAGGCCGAGGAAAAGACGGCCCAAGCCCAAAAAAAAUUGCAAGAAGCCUUGGCCACGAAGGACGCCGAGCUCCAAGUAGCCGAUGAGAAGGGCUAUAAUGAGGGUGUGGCCGAUGUCACAACUGACUAUGAAAAGCAAGUGAAGCAGGGUGAGGAAGUCCCUAAGGAUGCCACUCCUGAGAAAGCAUUAUCUGACAUGUCUUUCGCCGACAAGAGCCUUGAUGUAACCCUUUAA